CACACAGACAAACACGCUACUCUCAUAUUCCUUUCUAUAUUUUUGGCUGGAUUAAAUUAUUCACUUUCUCACUCUGUUAGUCCCCCCUUGACAAUGUCAUGUUUCACCUGCAUCACUCAUUUAGACUAGUCUAGUUACCAUUUCUGCACUCCACUGGCUGAGAGAGUUUCUCUGUCACUCUGUUGCUGAGAAACUCAAACAGCCACAACUCAAAUUCCAUUCUCAUCAAUACCCUUUUAAAAAAAAUUAAAUAAAAAAUCCUCACUUUCUCACCUCCCAAACAUGGACUUAACCACCAACCUCCACCGCCUCCACCUCAACUCCACCUUCCUCACCGGCUCACCACUUCUCAAUUCCCACAAACCCAUUUUCAAAACCCGUUUCCAAACCUCAAACACCCUUAAAGUUUCAAAUUUUAUCAACCCCAGAAUCCUAAAUUCCAAAAUCAUUGCCUCCCAAUUAUCAGCCGUAGCCGUUGAAAAGCAAACCGAAACCUCAACCGAAGAAAACGACAUCGAGUCCUUGUUCUCCAACACCUCAGUGGACCAAAAGAGAGCUAAAAAUAAGCAAUCCAAUACAGGUGCUUCUAGUAUUUCAUCUGGGGUUAAGCUUGAAAAUGUGACCAAGAGCUAUAAGGGUGUCACAGUAUUGAAAAACGUGACCUGGGAAGUGAAAAAAGGUGAAAAAGUUGGAUUGGUAGGUGUAAAUGGAGCAGGGAAAACGACCCAGAUGAGAAUUAUAGCUGGUCUUGAAGAACCGGAUGGUGGGAAUGUGAUUAAGUCGAAAAUGAAUUUAAAGAUUGCAUUUUUGAGCCAAGAGUUUGAGGUUUCAUUGAGUAGGACUGUGAGGGAGGAGUUUCUGAGUGCGUUCAAGGAGGAGAUGGAGAUAGCUGGGAAGUUAGAGAAAGUGCAGAAGGCUUUGGAAGGUGCUGUGGAGGAUAUGGAGCUGAUGGGGAGGCUAUUGGAUGAGUUUGAUUUGCUUCAGAGGAGAGGACAGGCAGUGGACUUGGCUCAGGUGGAUGCUAAGGUCAGUAAGUUGAUGCCGGAGCUCGGGUUUUCGCCCGAGGAUUCAGAUAGGUUGGUGGCAUCGUUUAGUAGCGGGUGGCAGAUGAGGAUGUCACUUGGGAAGAUUUUACUUCAGGAGCCAGAUUUGUUACUCUUGGAUGAGCCUACAAAUCACCUUGACCUUGAUACGAUUGAGUGGCUUGAAGGUUAUCUCAGUAAGCAAGAUGUGCCAAUGGUUAUCAUAUCUCAUGACAGAGCUUUUCUUGAUCAACUGUGUACAAAAAUCGUGGAGACUGAUAUGGGUGUCUCCAGGACAUUUCAGGGAAAUUAUUCCCAGUAUAUCAUUUCAAAGGCAGAAUGGGUUGAAGCACAGUAUGCUGCAUGGGAGAAGCAGCAAAAGGAAAUUGAGCAUACAAAAGACUUAAUAAACAGGUUAGGUGCUGGAGCAAAUUCCGGACGUGCCUCUUCCGCUGAAAAGAAGCUGGAGAGACUUCAAGAAGAGGAAUUAGUAGAGAAGCCAUUUCAACGGAAACAAAUGAAAAUAAGGUUCCCUGAGCGUGGAAGAAGUGGAAGAUCUGUUGUAACAAUUAAUAACUUGGAAUUUGGCUUUGGAGAUAAGGUGCUCUUCAACAAGGCAAAUCUUACAAUUGAAAGGGGAGAAAAACUUGCCAUAAUUGGCCCAAAUGGAUGUGGAAAGAGCACUUUGCUGAAAUUGAUAAUGGGUUUAGAGAAGCCAAGAGGGGGUGAAGUUUUGCUUGGGGAGCAUAAUGUCCUGCCAAACUAUUUUGAGCAAAAUCAGGCUGAGGCACUUGAUUUGAAUAAAACAGUGCUUGAGACAGUAGUAGAAGCUGCAGAGGACUGGAGAAGUGAUGACAUAAAGGGACUCCUUGGGCGUUGUAAUUUUAAAGCUGAUAUGCUUGAUAGAAAGGUUUCUCUUUUGAGUGGUGGUGAGAAGGCGCGUCUUGCUUUUUGUAAGUUCAUGGUGAAACCGUCCAGUCUACUAGUUUUGGAUGAACCAACUAAUCACUUGGAUAUACCUUCAAAAGAGAUGCUAGAGGAGGCAAUAAAUGAGUACCAGGGAACCGUUAUCACAGUUUCUCAUGACAGAUACUUUAUAAAGCAGAUAGUUAAUAGAGUGGUGGAAGUUAAAGACUGCAAUUUACAAGAUUAUGCAGGAGACUACAAUUAUUAUCUUGAGAAAAAUCUUGAUGCGAGGAUGAGGGAGCUAGAACGUGAGGCCGAGCUUGAGGAAAAGGCUCCUAAAAUUAAAGCCAAAUCCAAGAUGUCUAAGGCCGAGAAGGAAGCCCUGAAGAAGCAGAAAAGGCAAGCAUUUCAGCAGGCAAAACAAAAAUCAAAAGGAACGAAGAAUUCUAAGAGGUGGAAUUGAUUGAUUCACCCAAAUUCUUCAUUGAAGAUUCCUCCAAUGUUUCAAUUAUUUUUUUUAACCUGUAAAAAAGCCUAGGAGAUGAGGUGGCCUGUUGUGAGCCAGGUAGUUGUCCUCAUGUAUAUAAUUUAAAUAGAAUUACAGGUAUUACUUGAAAUUAAGGCUGUAAUUGAAAAUCUUGUUCUAGCAAUAUGUUCUCCUUUACUAA